AUGCCGUCCGCCACGAACCACUGCACGCCGUCGCCCAUGGCCGGGGUCGCGCCCCACACGACCCCCGAGCUGAACCACGUCCUCAAGCACGAGAGCUCCGUCCUGGCCCUCACCGUCGGCAAGGACAGCAUCUACGCCGGCACCCACGAUGGCGAGAUCGUCGUGUGGUCGCUGGGCACCUUCCAGCAGACAAACAGGAUCCAGGCCCACAAGCGGAGUGUCAUGUGCCUCUUCCUGUCCGACGACGGAUCGCUCUUGUUCUCGAGCGCCAGCGACCCCAUCGUGAACGUCUGGUGCCCCCGGACCAUGAACCGCCUCUACGAGAUCUACAGCACCUACGACUCCUUUGGCGACAUCUUCUCCGUGGCGUACUCGUCCCAGCACGAGACCGUCUACUACGGAACCCAGAACACCACCAUCCAGUGGGCUGGCCUCACGGACCUCGCCGCCAGGGUCAGCCAGGAGUCGACCAACCACCCGGACCGACGAAACCACCGCUUCUUCGACUCGAGGGCCGUCGGUGGCGCCUCGACUCCCCGGCCUACCGACGAGCGAUAUGAGCUGAUCCCCCGCUCGCACACCGUGCUCGAGACGGACCGGAGGUCUAUCAAGCAGUACGCCCACUACGGCUACGUUUUCUGCAUGCUGAUGAGCAAGGGCGUCACCGCCGACGUCGAGCCCGAGGACGACGUCCUAAUCUCCGGCGGCGGCGACGGCACCAUCAAGGUCUGGCGGCUCGGCGGCAAGGACAUUGGGCCCGACGGCAUCGAGAAUGGCCUGGAGGAGCUGAUGGUCCUGGGGGAGGACAACGCCGAGUCCGUCAUGUCGUUGGCCAUUGACGGCUCCUUCCUCUACAGCGGCAAGAUACGGGGCAUCAUCGAGCUCUGGGAUCUCGACACCAGGCAGAAGCUGAGGGUGAUCAACGCCCACCGCGGCGACGUCAUGGCCCUGCAGAUGGGCUGGGGAUAUCUCUGGAGCGCUGGGUCUACUGGUACGGCAAGCAAACAUAGUACAGUUCACUACGGAGAGUACCAGCCCAACUCGUCCCAGAACGUCAGCCAAAAGUACCAACUCCUCACUCAAUUCAAGGCGCACGAGGGCAAGAUCUUGUCCUCGGCCGUGACUGACCAUCAGGGCAGCCAGCUGCUCAUCACCGGAGCCAACGACAACAACGUUGCUGUCUGGGUCGUCGAGAACCCACCAACCACAGAGCAGUCUCCUCUAGAGGCCGACGAGGACAUGAUCAUCUCUAGCCUUCGCGAGUUUGUCUCGUACAAGACCAUCUCCUCCCGGCCCGAGUUUGCGGAAGACUGUCGCCGAGGCGCCACCUUCCUUCGAACUCUCUUCAGGAAACUCGGGGCCGACGUUGAGAUGCUCAGCACUGACAAAAAGCUCCAUCACCCCGUCGUCUUUGCCAAGUUUAGCGGCAAGGCGGCACCGCCCGAGAAGCGCAAGAGGAUCUUGUUUUACGGUCACUACGAUGUCGUUCCUGCGGAUCCCAAGAAUAGCAAGUGGAACACAGAUCCAUUCCAGCUCAAGGGCACGAAUGGGUAUCUGUACGGACGAGGCGUCAGCGAUAAUAAGGGGCCCAUCAUGGCCGCGCUCUAUGCCGUGACGGAUCUGAUGCAAGCCAAGGCGCUGGACUCUGAUAUCAUCUUCUUGAUCGAAGGCGAGGAGGAGUCGGGCUCUCGCGGCUUCAGAGAGAUUGUUCGCCAGAACAAGGAGCGAAUUGGUCACAUUGACUACAUCCUCCUCGCCAACAGCUAUUGGCUCAACGAUGAUACCCCCUGCUUGACGUAUGGCCUUCGUGGGGUGUUGCAUGCCACAGUCUGCGUGGAAUCCAAGAAUCCGGAUCUUCACUCUGGCGUCGACGGAAGUCACAUGAUGAGUGAGCCCCUAACUGAUCUUACCACGCUUAUGUCCCGACUCAAGGGCCCAAAAAAUCGCGUUCUGAUGCCAGGGUUUUACGAUGGCAUGCUGCCGUUGACCUCAGAUGAGGAAGCUCGUUACGACGAUAUUGUCUCGGUCUUGAUGGAGCAGAAUCCCGAGAACCUCCCCGCCUCUAGUCUCAAGUCUUCGCUGAUGGCUCGAUGGAGAGAGCCUAACCUCACUAUUCAUCGAUUCAAGGUUUCUGGUCCGGACGGCAGUCUCGUCAGUAGCCAUGCCAGCUCCCAUAUCAGCUUCCGGCUUGUGCCCGGCCAAGAAGUUGACCGCGUCGUUGAGUCUUUGAAGGCUUAUCUUGGAAAGGAAUUCGACGAACUGGAGAGCGAUAACAGGCUGCGGGUCGACGUUGACAACACCGCAGAGCCGUGGCUUGGCGAUCCCGACAACUACAUCUUCCGGACGCUUGAAGAAGCCAUCAUGCAGGUCUGGUCCCCACUGUUCACCGGCGCUGGCAGCAUUGAUGGGAAUGGGGAGGACGUGGCGCCACCUAGCUUGGCAGAACGCGCGCGAGAUCCUAAUCGCUCAACCUUCGGCGGUUCGGCGGCCAACCGCAGUGGCAGGAACGCAUCCACAACGUCUGUUAAAGCCAGCAGACCGCGGAAACCCCUUUAUAUUCGCGAGGGAGGCUCCAUCCCCGCCAUACGCUUCUUAGAGAAGGAAUUUGAUGCCCCCGCGGCUCAUCUGCCCUGUGGACAAGCCAGCGACUCAGCUCAUCUGGAUAACGAGCGACUCCGCGUAACCAACCUGUUGAAGAGCAGGGAGAUUUUUAGUCAGGUCUUCAAGAAGUUGUAG